GUUUCGAAUUGUUGAAGAUAAGGAAAUAAGCAAAAGAUACCAUUAACUAGGAUUCAAAUUCAAAGCGUAGACGUGUAGAUAAGCUUGAGAUGUAUUUGUUGUGCAACAAAUCCUCCUCCUCUGCACCCUCGCCCUCCGCCGACCGAUCCCCCACCGCCUGAUGGCUCAAGAAUACGAUCACACCUUCCAGUCUCUCAGCGAAGCCGUGGAACUAGUGGAGGCCGCGUUUUCCCAAUGCGACGACGUUCCUUCAUGCUACGAGGCAGUGAUCCAACAAUGCGAGCGCUCGUUGCUGAUCCUCGAGAAAUCCAGAAAGCCACUCAUGGAGAUUAUGGAGAAAUCCCAGGUGAAGACAGAGGCCAAGUUCGAGGCUUUGCAGCGGAGAAAGAAGGGCAUCGGGGGGUUGAAGGAUCUGGUCGACAAAGAGAAGAACAUUGUUAUGGCAACUGGUGGCUGUGAGGAGCAGGAUCCUCUGCAUCAGGAAAAUUUGGAACAAGCCUGCUUUCCUGCCGCCCAUGGUGGAAAGAUUGGCAGUGUGGAACUGAGUCAACAGGAAGAGGAAUUGAGGAGUACUGUGGAUGAAGAAGAUGUUGGUUCAAUUGAGCAAUUACAGCACUCUGAAGUAGUUGGCUCAAAUGAAGAGGAAUUACUUAAUUUGAUUAUCUCAACGAUCAUCACAAAUUUCUGCAAAAGAUCGCAUACCCAUUUCAUUUGA